AAAAAAAUGUCAACCCAAUAAGAAUUACCAAUAUAUAAUCAAUAGACUCCUUAGUCAUUGAGUUAAAUAUCAUAAGUUCAAUACCCAAUAUUAAGUAAUUUAAUACCAGCUGCUCAAUACAUACAAUUGGAUGAUGUUUAAUAAGCAGUAGCAGAGAAGGCUGUAGUAGCGAUAGAUGUUAAUACAGAUAGAUAAGAAUUUCUAAUUGGAUACUAUAAAAAUAUUUUAAUUUAACAUUCAAUAAUAUUUGGAUUAUUUUUACUUGGAUUGACAAAAUGGUUUAGUUCAUUAGUAGUUAACCAUAAUUAUUGGAGAAGUUAAUUCAGAUGGACUUGGUUUGUGGUUUUAAGCUUAUUGAUUGUAUUAAUAUUAGGACUUCCUAUUAUUAGAAAAUAUAGAUGCAUUGUAAUCCAUAUUGUUUUUUAUAUUAGGUUUCUAAAUAAUCUCAAUUAUUCUAUUUCUAAACUGCGUUAAUAGCCUUUCUUUUGAUUGGAAUAGCUGGAAAUAGUAACCAAAAAAGAGUAAAUAUUUGGAUCAUACUUAUUUUAAUGAUAUUAAUAGUUCAUGAUUUACUUCAAAUUGUUAUUGUUAGAACAUAAAAAACUCAUUAUUACACUGUUUUAAUGAAAUUUACAAUUAUGGGAUCAUUAGUUUUAAAUUUUAUAUUAGGAUUAUCAAAUAGAUAUCUUGAUAAUGGAUUUCCAAUUUCAGAAAUUAUUAUCAUUUAUGUUCUUUAUUAUUUUAACUAAUUGAAUGAAUAAUUAUUGAAAUAGAAUCAUGAAUUACCAGAAGAAUUAUCAAUUUUUGAAAGAAUUAAAUAACUUACUUUGAUUAGAAAUUUGUUUAAUUAAGAAGCUAGAUAAAAUCAAAUAAUUGAAUAAUUAUAAGACACUCAUUGUGUAAUCAGCAAACAUUUGGCAAUUACUAUUGGAUCAUGUGUUGGAUAUCUUAUAGUAUUAACAUUAAGUAUUCUUACUGGAAAUGGCUUUUUGAUAUUCAUCUUGAUAUUUGGAUCAAUUUCAAUGUUAAGUGUGAUACUAGAAACAUAAGUUGCCUCAAGAGUAAUAAUUAAAUUCUAUAUUUAUAUUAGAGUUUGAAACAAGAAGAUUCCAAAUUUGCAGUUUGUUUGACUUAUCUUGAUAUGGCUAGUCCCCUUAGGUUAUUAUUGAGAAGUUUAUUCAAUAAUUGAAUAUCAAAUAAAGUAUUUCUAUAAAUAUAAUUUAAAUA